AUGUCGAAGAAAGUUCUUGUUAUUCAACAUUCAUCAGGCGUUCGUCCUGCCUAUGUUACAGAAUUCUUCGCGCAACAUCAAAUACCAUUCCAAAUCCUACAUAUCUACGAUCCUGAAUGUGAACUCGACCUUCCUGAUUGUCAAACAACGGAUUAUCUAGCUAUUGUCAGUCUCGGAGGUCCACAAGGUACUUAUGAAGAUGACGAAUAUCCAUAUUUAAAAUGGGAAAAGUCGUUUCUUGCUGCUCAACUUGCUCUCGAAACACCUAUACUUGGCCUAUGUCUCGGCGCACAACUCCUUGCUGAUGUCAUUGGUGGACGUGGCCAUUUAGGAAAAUAUGGUUACGAAGUUGGAUAUGUUCAGUACACCCUCACCCGCGAAGGUAAACAAGAUCCAAUUUUUUCUAAACUGUUCGAAGAACAAGAAAAUCAACCGUUCCUAAUUAUGCAUCAUCAAGAUUCGUUUGAUUUACCACCGGAUGCCUCUCUUUUAUCUUACACAUCAAAUAACUACACAGCCGCAUUUCGAUUCGGUUCUGCGUAUGCAGUGCAGUUCCACCCCGAAGCAUCUUUUACUGAAUUUAACGAAUGGGUACAACGAAAACUAUCCAAGCAACCAGCCGCAUAUAAAAACCUCGAUAUCGAUGAAAUCUUACGUCAAGCGCAAGAAAACGAGCCAAAAGCGAAAGAAUCUAGAAGAUUAUUCUUUGAAACAUGGUGGAACUUGAUUGCCAAAGUCUAA